UUAUUUGGUGUUCAUCUGUCAGUGAGUUCACGGUGAGGUGUGGAGUCUGAAGUAAUGAAAAUCAUGAGUUUCAUCAGGUGCUAAUGCAACUUCCAACAAAAACAGAUUUUUUCAUAAAAUGUGAACGUGUUAGUCAGACACAAUAGCAUCAAAAUGCCGGUCAUUGAUGGUUAUAAAGUACUUUACAUUUUAUUACAUAGUUUAUAUACAAUUUUUGAAAAUAUUUGGAGGACUCUUUUAUUUAUUUAUCAAAAUUGUAUAAGGGUUAUAAACCCAGAAUCUACUGUCGAUGAUGCUGACCAGUUAAAGAAAAGACUGUCUAGACUAACAAAAAAGCCUCAACAUUUAACUAUCAUUAUUGGUGUGGAAGAAUAUUCAUUGGUAGAUUUGGCUAACCUCGUAUAUUGGUGUUUAGGUCUUAAUAUUCCGUACGUUAGUUUCUAUGAUUAUAAAGAUAAUUUAAAAAAGCAUGAAGAGAAGUUACAGCAAAUUGUAGAAUCCAAAAAAUUGGAGAAUAUCAACAUAAUUUGGCACACCCAUGCAGAACAGCGGCAUAAAAAUGGAUUUUUGGGUCCAAAAAUUCAUGUAAAAGUGUUAACAUCUGCGGAUGGAAAGCAGAGUAUAGUAAAUGUUACUAAAAAAUUAGCUUUAAAUAAAGAAAAAGACAUUAGUAAAGAAAAAAUUAGUGAAUUACUAUUAAGGCAGUAUGAAUUUCCAGAUCCAGAAAUGGCUAUUAUUUGUGGAAAGAAACUGAACAUUUAUAAUUAUCCUCCUUGGCAGUUAAGACUAACAGAAUUCUUUAAAGUCAACAAAGUCAACAACAUCACAUUCCCAGUGUUUGUGGAAAAAUUGGAAAAGUACAGCAAAUGUGAACAGAGGGUGGGAAAAUAAUUGUUUUAUAAAAAACUGUUUUGUUUUGGUUAUAUUUAUUAAUAAGAAAAUUAAAUGAAAUGGU